GAUGAGCGUAUCGUUAUCAUCAAGAAUUAAAUUUAAACAAUUGUGUGAAGUCUUGGAAAGAAUUAUUAAAGCUUGUGCCUCCGAAAAGCUUAAAAUUCUACAAGAAUUUAUUCAACAAUAUCAGAAGGAUGGUGCUAAAUUGAAAGAAGAAAAUCCAAAUGCGAAUAUUUCAAUAUUUCCCGUAUUAAGAUUGCUCUUACCAGAAUGCGACCGUGAACGUAAAUCAUAUAAUUUGAAGCAGAAAUUAUUGGUGAAUAUUUACAUUCGUGUACUUUGUCUAGGAAAGUCGAGUAAAGAUGCUAAGAAAUUGAUAAAUUACAGAAUACCUACUUCAAAUAAAUCUAACGGAAGUGAUCUAGCUGAAAUAGUUUAUUCGAUUGUGCGAAAACAAUUGUCACCCCAAAAGGAAUCAUUUACAAUAGAUAGAAUAAAUACAUUUUUAGAUGAUAUAUCAAAAGCGAGCGAAGAAAAUAAAAAUAAAGAUGAAUUAUUCAAAGAAUUGUUUAGACAGAUAAGCGCGUUAGAAUUAAAAUGGUUGACUCGUAUUAUUUUAAAAAAUUUAAAGUUGGGCAUUGGAACACAAAAAGUGUUGCAAGUUUAUCAUCCGGAAGCAUAUGAAUAUUUUUGUACAACUUCUGAACUACGAAAAAUUUGUGAUAAUCUCGAUCGAAAUAAAAAGAGAAUUAAUUUUGAUAUUGAAGUUUUCUCUUUUUUCAAACCCAUGUUGUUGGAAAGAUUUGCCAUUAAGGAUGCAGAAAAACUUUUUUACAAUAAAGAUGAGUACUUCGUACAAACGAAAUUUGAUGGAGAACGUUCUCAAAUACAUAUGAAAGAUGGUAUAUUUAAAUAUUUAACGAGACAGGGAUUUGAUAUCACAAGUAACUGGGGAUAUGGAAAAAGUAAUUCAGAUGGUUUUCUAACUAGUAUACUUUCACGUCGUUUAAAUCAACAAUGCAAAUCUAUCAUUUUGGAUGGCGAAAUGAUGGGCUGGCAUAAACAAAAGAAAAUGUUUGGAUCGAAAGGUAUGAGCUAUGACGUUAAAAAGCUUACAGCUAAAAGUUCUUUUCAACCCUGCUUUGUGGCCUAUGAUAUUAUUCUUUACAAUGACAAUCUACUUAUUAAUCGACCUUAUAAAGAAAGAUUGAAUAUAUUAAAAGAUGCAUUUCAAGAUGAAGAAGGUUCAUUAAUUAAAUGCCAAAAUACGAUCAUUUCUAACAGCAAAGAUCUAUUGGAUAUUUUUAAUAAAAGUCUUGUCAAUAAGGAAGAAGGAAUUGUUAUCAAAAAAUCUGAUUCCGUUUACAAACCAAAUAUUCGCAAUGGAACUGGUUGUUACAAAUUAAAAGCCGAGUAUUCAGAAAAUCUAAUACAAGAUAUUGAUUUGAUUAUACUUGGAGGCUAUUAUGGCGAAGGUGGUUUGAUAAAAAGUUUUAUGAUGGGUGUUGCCGAAGUAUCUGAAAAAGAAGGGGAAGAACCUAAACAAUUUUUUUCUGUCGUGUCAGUGAGCAAUGGUAUCACAAUGAAAGAAUUGAAAGAAUUUCAUAAGAAAUUCGAAAAGCAUUGGAUUAAAGACCGUCCUAAUUGUAUAAUUGGUCCUAGGAUAGAGCCCCCAGAUUUAUGGAUUCGACCUGAGCACUCGUUGAUUUUAACACUUAGAGCAACAGAAAUAACAAAAAGUGAUGAUUAUUCAAUCGGUUAUACUUUACGUUUUCCUCGUAUCGUAAAAAUUAGAGAAGAUAAGCCUUGGUACAGCGCUUGCACGAUCACAGAAUUUUUAUCGUUGAUAAAGAAUGCAGGAGUAAUUCAUAAAUUGACUAAAAGACAAGCAACGAUGAAUGACAUCGAAACUACAACAGAACCUGUUAUUAAACCUAAGAAAAUGCCUAAAUCAACUGUGUCGGUGUUCGAAGAAGAUUUAUAUAAGGACAAACAAUUGAACAAAAAUCUUGUACCGAUAACACGUCUGUUAGACGGAAAAGAAAUUUGUGUUAUUAACGGUAAUGAUGAAAUAUCCAAAGAAGAAAUAAUAGAACAACUUUUACUGCAUAGGGCAAAAGUUGUGCAAAAUCCAACAAAAGAAACUUAUUGCGUCAUUGUUGGAAAUGAUAAAAAAGCAAAAGCAAGUAAUGUAAUAAAGACGAACAAAUAUGAUGUGGUUACGUUAGAUUGGUACAAACGUAUUACCAAAGAAGAAAAUUGGGGUGCACUGGAGAGUUUUUUACCAUGGGAUUUUCUUUCUAUUCGUGACACGACAAAACAAUUAAUAAUGGAAAAAUAUGACGAAUAUUAUGAUAGUUAUACAAUGGACGCCGACGAAGAAAGUUUACAACGUUCUUUAAAAAAAAUGGAACCUAUGAUAAAGGAAGAAGAAUUCACUUUUACCGAAGAACAAGAAUUGUAUAAAGAAUUGGAUAAAGAAUUGUUUGACAAUGGAAUAUCUCCGUUUUCUGUCUUCAAACAAAUAAUUGGAUAUUUUAAACAAUGUUCCGAUUCUACGAAGUUUAAAUUUCGUUUUAUGGGGGGUCUAAUAAAAGAAGAUAUAAACGAACAUAUUAAUUAUAUUUUCAUCGAAGAUAAAUCAUUAAUUUCUCAAGUUAAUGAUAUUAUGAAUGAAUCAAUGAAAGUAAUUGAUAGUAAAUGGAUAGAUGAAUGUUUUCAAGAUCAAAAAUUAUAUUCCAUAGAUAAAUAUAUUAUUAAAUAAUAAUUUAAUGGACAUAAAUGAGAAGUAAAAUGAAAUGAAUUGGCCUAAAAAUAAUAAGAAGAAAAAGAAUUUUUAUCGAAAGUCUAUCUGAAAACGGAAAUAGCACGUGUGUUUAUUUGAAACACCAAAGUUAAAGUAGACUACGGAAUCAUUUUAGCUUUAGUAUUUUCACUAAGCGCCGAGAAACCGAAUACUAGGUGGACUGACAGUUAGACAGUUUGCUCAUUUAACAUCUUCCCAUUUCGAAAUGGUUCUUCAGUUGAGCCUUUCCGUCUCUCCUUUUAUUUUAUUAGAAUGUGCGUGCAAAAUAUGAGGCGUAAGGGUCGCAGCUGCAACGUUUCUCUUACAAAGGAUGCCUUUCAGAAAGAUUCUUAAACGAAUUGAAACGAAUAAAAUUUCACAAUGAAAAAGAACACAAAUAACAAAAAUAUUUUAACGCGAGUCUAACCAAAACGCACGAUGAUUUCAACUUUAUCCUUUACA